ACGUACACUUAGAUAGCGAACAAAAGUGAUAUCAGGCCUGUUUCUGUUUUUUUGCCUUUCUUAACCUCUGUUGCCCUUCUUCAAUGGCGUAAUCUGAAUAGGCUACUCGAAGGGCUCGCUCGUUGCUAUGUGACGUCACACUGGCUGUGUUGAGUCGGUCACGAAUCAAUACCGGAAAACAAUAGAGUCACCCCGUCCCUGCUGUCUUCUUUAAUACAAAUUCCAAAUUACAUUACACUGAACAAGUAUGCACGUUCCUGCAUUUCGAAUGUUUACUCACCUUGCAUGGCUUAAUACUCCGUCAUUUGACGGGACGCUUCUUGGAUCUUAUGAAGGAAACCUAUUUGCUCUGAUUAUCCAUCUUGUUUUGAAUGCCGCAGAAGUUUCACGGGAGGAAUGAAAAUAGCACGCGUGUUGUAUUUCCCAUUUGACAGCCCUGUCAAAUGGAUAACCGCAAGCGACCUCUCAUUGGCCAAGGUCUCGGAAACCGAAAUGCCAAAUUCGGAAAAUGAUCCCUCGCCUGUGACAACAGACAAACAUUUCCACUUCGUACAAUGAAUACGACGAGAGAAGACGAGAAAAACCAGCAACUUAACCUCAUUAUCAAGACGCUGGGAAAGCGAGGAAAGGAAUCCGAACAAUGGAAAAACGCCGACCAAGAUUACUGGAAGAUGAGUUUAAAUUUGCUUUCGGAGAUUUUGAGCAACGCUUCGUCAACAGGGUCCAUCGUGCUUCGACCUUACGGAAGCGCGGUUGAAGAUUUAAAGAGCGAAGAAGCUGAUGACUUUGGAGAUGUGGAUAUAAUGAUGUUUCCAAAUUCACAUAACUUGUUAAUCCACGAGGAACUGAUCGAAUAUUUACCCCAGAGUCCGCUGUUUGUCAGAAUCAAGGGAGUCCAUCACCCUUUGUUAAAGUUCUGCUGCGUGGAAGACAUGGACUACGUCUCUACUACAGCUGUAAAAGAUUCCCAUGAUUUAAUCUACGGGGAUAUAGGCAAGUCGAUUGCUAGUACAGCUUUUGAAUUUCUUUCACGCGAAGAACCUUCCUGCCCUCCGCCAUUCACUUGUCGCUACAAGGACAGCAAUGACAGUCCUGCGGUAAAGUUUAAUGUAUUGCUCCCGCCUGAUACUGACGUACACUACCCCUCAAGGAAAUUACCAAUGAAAGAAUCGCUGCUAAAUUCUUCAGAGUUCCCAGCAAAAACAACGCAUGUACAAGAAAGUGAAACAAAUCUUGACAGGAAAACAGAGCAACAGAAUGAAGAUAUCAGCGAAAAUACAAGUGGCUUAAAAGGAGAAGAGCAGCCGUUACGGCGCACGACAGAUGUAACGCAAAAUCCAAGUUACAAUAACAAAGAUGGCAAAACACACAAAACAAAGAGAAUCAAAGGAGUGGAAUUCUUGUGUACACACAUGUUCCCUAACGGCAGUGAGAAAGCAGAACUUCGGAAAAAUUACGUGGAAGCCGGAAUUGAUUUUGUCCCUGCAUUAAGAUCACCAGGAUGGCCGAAGGUUGCACAAGAAUGGAUCAGAAGAGAGCGUAAAUGGCCUUCCUCUGAGAUAGUGGGCAGUGUGAUUAGGGAUGGUUUUCACUUGGUGGUGAAGUCCCCCAAAGUCGGUGGCAAUCCAAAUUGCGACUUCAGAAUUUCCUUUUCACAUGCAGAAUACCUGUUAAGCCAAGAGAUGAACGACAUCCAACGCGAGUGCUACCGAUGCCUGAAGAAAUACCAUCGAGCUUAUCUGUCCACACACCCAAAGGGUCUGGUGACAUUCCACCUGAAGACUAUUCUUUUACAAACCAUUGAAGAAACCGGUUCUGACUUGUGGACGGAAAGUAACCAAGCUGGGUGCCUAAUGAACCUUUUCAGCAACCUUUUGAAAGCCCUUACAGAGAAGCAUUUGCCACAUUUUUUUGUGAAGUCUUACAACAUGUUUUGCGUAGACUACAUUGAAAAUCCUGAAGUUCUAGAAUCAUUGGCCUCCAAAGUGGAACAGAUAAUGCAAAAUCCGGUGCAAUUUGCUCAAGAGCUAAUCCAGGUUGACAACUUCCAAGAUGAAAGACAAGUUCAAAAGGAGAGGGGUGUUGGUCCAGGCCGUGAGUUAGGUUCAUUCAGCAAACACGCCACAGAUAAACAAGCACAAAAAGAUGAAAACACUGAAGAAACUCCAUGCAGUGAUGACUCCCAGACAGGAAGCCAAGUCAAUCGAACCAAAGCGAGUCAUGAAGGAGCUAGUCCAUUUGCAUGGAAGCGAUACGAAGACUUGAAAGUCAGUUUUCUUGCUAUCAGCAACGAGUUGGCUGAUGUCGCCUUCAAUGACCAUGAAGGUGUUAGACCACUCAAACUGCUCGAUCCCCUGGAGACUUCUUUAGUGCAAGACAUAAGAGAAAUUCGAAAGCAAGUGGACUUUACCCGUGAGGAAUUCUCUAAAAUAUUUGCAUUGAUGGGCAACCUUGUCUACUUCAAGCUUUUGCUUAGCACCGAGCCAAUCAUGAGGCGAAGAGUACUUCAUGGAAUCCAAAGUGCACUUGACAAUUUCAAACACAUCUUGAGACAUUAUGAUCACGAAGCAGGAACUGUAGAAGCUCUGUCUCUAAUGCUUGACCCAGCUGCCGAAGAUCCUUUUGACUUGAACAACGUUAUACCGGCUGGUGGCGGGACGCAGAUUGCGCGCAUGUUUACUGGUAAUCAUUACACACCGGAGUCGAGGUCAGAUAAUCCACAGGUUGACAUGAAUGAAAUACCAUUAGAUUGACAUCACCGUUGCAUACAAGUAAGGCAGGUUAAAGAUAAUAGGUGAUCUGCUAUGUAACUACAUGUCAAAGAUUGUUAUUCAACGUUGGCAAGAUGUGUGGGAGUAGCCGCGUCAUUCUUGUUUAGAAUGGAUGGUCUAAGGCAAUCUGUUCCUUCGAAACGGGGUGCUGAUAUGCUCAAUUUCAGGAUAACUUUUGAUUUGGAAAAUUUUAAAAGUCACGACAAGUAUUGUUAUCUUAAAAGAUAAAAUGUGAAAAGCCAAGUAAAUGGGUUAAGGGAAAACAAAGGUGUCCCUGUUUCCAGAGAGAGUUGCUUACUUUAAAUAGGCUGUUUCCGCCCCCAAUCAGACUACAUUAACUAUACUAAUGCCAUAUUUUGUUCGGUUGUUCUUUUCAAACUGCAGACGAUAUUUCGAAUGAACUUAAUAGUUACGCAAGUCUCUCACUUGCAUGUUGUCAGGUUAUUACGGCGGAAGGGGUUAACGGAGAAAUGGAUCUAUUCGGUAGUAGUAUAAAUCUACUAGCGUUCUAUCACGAAUGCCGUUCUCUGAUUGGCUACGCUACUCACUAUCUAUUC